AUGGCCGAGAGGAAGCAGUCCGGGAAGGCGGCAGAGGACGAAGAGGUCCCUGCCUUUUUUAAAAAUCUGGGCUCUGGUAGCCCCAAGCCGCGGCAGAAAUUCUGUGGUAUGUUCUGCCCGGUGGAAGGGUCCUCCGAGAACAAGACCAUCGAUUUCGAUUCACUGUCGGUGGGCCGGGGCUCGGGGCAGGUGGUGGCCCAGCAGCGGGACGUCGCCCACUUGGGCCCGGACCCGCAGACGCCGUACUCGCGGCAGGGCCGGCGGGCCGGCGGGGAGCCAUCUGUUGAAUCGGGCAGGAAGGUGGAGAUCCGGCGGGCCUCGGGCAAGGAAGCCCUUCAGAACAUCUACGACCAGAGUGAUCGUCUUCUGAUCAAAGGAGGUAAAAUCGUCAAUGAUGACCAGUCAUUCUAUGCAGACAUAUACAUGGAAGAUGGGCUGAUCAAGCAAAUCGGAGAAAACCUGAUUGUGCCAGGAGGGGUGAAAACCAUCGAAGCCCAUUCCCGAAUGGUGAUCCCUGGAGGAAUCGAUGUCCACACUCGUUUCCAGAUGCCUGACCAGGGAAUGACAUCCGCUGAUGACUUCUUCCAAGGAACCAAGGCUGCCCUGGCUGGGGGCACCACCAUGAUCAUUGACCAUGUGGUUCCUGAGCCUGGGACCAGCCUGCUGGCCGCCUUUGACCAGUGGAGGGAAUGGGCCGACAGCAAGUCUUGCUGCGACUACUCUCUGCACGUGGACAUUACUGAGUGGCACAAGGGCAUCCAGGAGGAGAUGGAGGCCCUCGUGAAGGAUCAUGGGGUCAAUUCCUUCCUCGUGUACAUGGCUUUCAAAGACCGCUUCCAGCUGACGGAUUGCCAGAUAUAUGAGGUCCUGAGUGUGAUCCGGGAUAUUGGUGCCAUUGCCCAAGUCCAUGCGGAAAAUGGUGACAUCAUCGCAGAGGAGCAACAGAGGAUCCUGGACCUGGGCAUCACCGGGCCUGAGGGACAUGUUCUCAGCCGGCCCGAGGAGGUGGAGGCCGAGGCUGUGAACCGUUCUGUCACCAUUGCCAACCAGACCAACUGUCCGCUGUACAUCACCAAGGUGAUGAGCAAGAGCGCGGCUGAAGUCAUCGCCCAGGCCCGGAAAAAGGGAACUGUGGUGUAUGGCGAGCCCAUCACUGCCAGCUUGGGAACGGAUGGCUCCCACUACUGGAGCAAGAACUGGGCCAAGGCAGCCGCCUUUGUCACUUCUCCACCUCUGAGCCCUGAUCCCACCACUCCAGAUUUUCUCAACUCCUUGCUGUCCUGCGGUGACCUCCAGGUCACUGGCAGUGCCCAUUGUACUUUCAACACUGCUCAGAAGGCCGUGGGGAAGGACAACUUCACCCUGAUUCCCGAGGGCACCAACGGCACCGAGGAGCGGAUGUCCGUCAUCUGGGAUAAGGCUGUGGUCACUGGGAAAAUGGAUGAGAACCAGUUUGUGGCUGUGACCAGCACCAACGCAGCUAAAGUCUUCAACCUUUAUCCUCGGAAAGGCCGCAUUGCUGUGGGGUCCGAUGCAGACCUGGUCAUCUGGGACCCCGACAGCAUCAAGACCAUCUCUGCCAAGACACACAACAGUUCUCUCGAGUACAACAUCUUCGAAGGCAUGGAGUGCCGUGGAUCUCCGCUGGUGGUCAUCAGCCAGGGGAAGAUCGUGUUGGAGGAUGGCACCCUUCAUGUCACCGAAGGCUCCGGGCGCUACAUCCCCCGGAAGCCCUUCCCUGACUUUGUUUACAAGCGCAUCAAGGCCAGGAGCAGGCUGGCGGAGCUGAGAGGGGUUCCUCGCGGCCUCUAUGACGGACCCGUGUGCGAGGUGUCUGUUACGCCCAAGACCGUCACUCCCGCUUCCUCGGCCAAGACGUCUCCUGCCAAGCAGCAGGCGCCCCCUGUGCGGAACCUGCACCAGUCUGGAUUCAGCUUGUCUGGUGCCCAGAUUGAUGACAACAUUCCCCGUCGUACCACCCAGCGCAUCGUGGCACCCCCUGGUGGCCGUGCCAACAUCACCAGCCUGGGCUAGAGCUUCUGGCCCCACCAACCACCUGGGGACGGGGGAUGGGACACCUGAGGACAUUCUCAGACUUCCUUCCUUUUCUUUCUUUCUUUUCUUCUUUUUUUUUUUAAAGAGCCUGUGAUAGUUACUGUGGGGGCAGCCAGUUCCUGGGGCGUGCACUGGGGUCCCCGGGCUCUGUGUGGUGUGUGGAGUUCUGCUGUCGCUCAUCCACUUUCCUUUACAUCCACAAACACCACAGCCACGUGUGAGCACCCACCCGCACACAGACCACACCCAACACUCAGACAUGCGCAACAAAGCAAAUCACCCAGAGGGGUCUUCAUCUCCACCUCCGCUGCACUCCUUAGCAUCCUCCUGUCCCUGAGGGAAGAGAAAGUGAAUUGCCCAGAGCUGCCUUUGGCUUUUCUUUAAAAAAAAAAAAAAAGAAUUUUUAGGAAUUGGGGAGUUUCUAGAGGUGGGGGAGAGAUCUUUUUUUUUUUUUUUUUUGAUAUUCAAUUGGAACGUCUAAUUUAAUAGGAACACAAGGGGUUUGAACUGGACAUCUUAAUGAUGCAAUUAUCUAACCAUCACGCUGAGUCAGUGUGGUUGGUGAAGCUGGUGUGUGGGUCCUGAGAGGCCCCCCGCAGUGUCCAUGUGGCCACUCCUCCGGCUUCUGGGUCAAAUGCUGACAAUGGGCAGGUUUUCUGUUUCAGCCUAGUUUGUGCUGCAUAUGGAAUCUUUUGAAGAUUCUCUUCUCAUCGUUUUCCUGUGUGUGUUCUUUCUCUCUCUCUCUGUCAUUCAUGAAUACUUUCAUGUCUGCUUUUUUGUGUUUGCUCUGGCCCUUUUCUCUAAGAUAGCGAUCUUCUCUCCCCUGGCUGUCUUUUCACAUGCCCAUGUCUCCCGCCGUCCUGGGGUCCUAAGACCUGCCCAGAAGCACUGGAGCUUUGCCAUUGUCAGCAUGGUACUCUGUCAUCCACGUCCAUGUGAGACUGGUGCUAACCCUCCGCCGUGGUGAGACUCCGAGCGGGUGUGGAGCUAGGCCGGGCUGUCUCACCCCCACGAUCGCACGAGGGUCGAGGUGUGCAGGCGGGAGGCUGCAGAACAUGAGCUUGUUCCUUCUCUGCAGUGCUAGUUGACUGAAGUCACAGUCCAACCUGUAGGUCCAGCCCAGUAACCCAAGUGACCCAGGCAGCCUCCAGCCCACACUGUGCUCAGAGUCCUCAGCCAGCAGAGGGUCUAGCUUUUAGAGCCUGCGCUUUCCUUGGCAAAUAUCCAAAACACAUUGGGGUUCCUUAUUUUGGAGAGAAAAACAAAAGGUGAUUUUUGGGUCCAAUGAGUUCUAAACACAUAAUACAAUCUAGGUAGGCCUAUGAGUCAGAAAAAAUUAGAAAAGUUGGAAAAAUUGACCUAAGUCCAUUUUACUUUGCACAAGGAAAAAUCUGCUUUAUGAAUGCUAUGUCCUAUCAGAUCUGUUGUUGGGGGGCAACCUUACAAGUUAAAUGUGUGGGCCCCUUAGGGACUGCAGGGGACCGUGUGUCGGCAGUCCUGCCCCUCCCAUCUCGGGGACCCUUUCCCACUAGCUAACUUCCCUGUGCUCAGCCCUGUCCUUGCUGACUUGUGGCACUUCCUUCCAGCUGUAUUUACAGGUUCUUGUGAGCAAUGCUGUGUUUGUAGGCUUCUAUCAAGCCAAAUCUGCUUUCCUAAAGCAUAACAUACAAAAGCAGGCCAUCACAUCAUUCACUCAUCUCUCCACACGUUAUGCCUUUUGGGGUUAGGGUUGGGGUCUGGGAUUUUGUUGUUAUUGUUUGUUAUUUUAAAGGUAAAUUGCACUUUUUAAAAAAAUUGGUUGACUUAAUAUAUUUGCUUUUUUUUUCUCAUCUGCACUUAGAGAAAAUUUGAACAAGUUGGAAAAAAAGGUUUUGUUUCAAUUCUAAGAAACACUUGCAGCUCUUCAGUGUUCACUUGAGUCUUCCUGUUUUUUUUUUUUGUUUUUUUUUUUUCCUGUAUCAGGUCUUGGCAAUUUUGGUUGUUUUGACUGUUUUCUGGGGAAAAAAAAAUGUAAAACCUGAAAAUUUCCGCAGGCUGUGUAAGCAUGUUUACCUGUUGGCUUGCUUUGUGUGUCUGUCCAAUGAAUGUCAUAUGUAAAUGCUAAGAUGAAUUGCCAGUGUCUCAGAACUGAAUCACUGCACUGACUUGAUGCUCUAAAACAGUGUAGGAUUUAAUCAUAGAUGGUUUUUAACCCUUGACAUGGAAAUCGUGAUUGUGACCUAUGAGUGGAGGAACUUCCAGUGCUAACGCUGAUUGUGUGUAGCCCGAAGAAUCUUUUUGUUUUUUUUUUUUUUUUUGGUAACCACUGUCUCAAUGGCAAAAUAAUUAUGGUCAAAUACAAGUCUCGUGUUUAUUAUUCCUUAAGAACUCUGUGUUAUAUUACCAUGAAACGCCUAAUAAAGCAAAACGUGGUCGUUUCA